GGUAUCCAGUAAAGAAGCGCCACCGGUUCUGAACUUCUCAUCAUUGAAAACUGUUGUAAGCUAAUUUUUAUUCCAAGUUUCACGCAAAAGGCCUUCACCAGCUGUAAACAAGUACUUCAAUUACUGUACGAUGAACAAUGGUCCGCCGAGGAGUUGGGUUCCAACGUAUGCUAUGUCGGCAAAUUCCGAUUUAUUUGUAAAGGUAGCCACAUUCCACCAGAAUAAAAUCGACCAAUACGUUACGUGUGUAAUGCAAGCGAGCGACCAGUACGCAUCAACUGGAAGUAUUACCUACGCAGCGUUUAACCUGGUUGGACGUCCAACUCAUUUUCCAAAUAUGGGCGAUUUCGCCGACACCUAUCUGACGAGCCGGUACGGAAACUGGUGGCUACAACUGCCCUCAGCUGGCGAAGAGUUCGGGCUUCAGAACGUUCCCGAUAAUCUGAAGCCGUCUGAUUCAUAUAUACUGUGCUGUUUCGACGACAACGUGUACCCUUUGGAGCUAGAAGCAUGUGAAACAUUAAGCGCUGGAGCAAUACAGAAAGUGUGGAUGCGUACCACUAUGAACACAGAGACGCGCCACACCCGUUGGGCUUUACUAUGGGACCGAGCAGUAGACCCAUUGGAAAACAUCGAUUCUACAAAUGCAGCAAUACGCAAUCCAUUUACUAUCAAACUUCGGCAACUUCAUGAACCGGGACAAACCCUAAUGAUAGAGCUCAACCAUCGUGAUUUGGACUAUCACGCUGGGCUAGACAGCAUAAUGUUGAAGGGUGGCACCGAUCCCCCUGUUUACAUUCCGUGUCCACUAAAUCUAUCUAGACAGCAAGAAGAUCAACACCAGAUAAUAUCUCAAAAUAACUCAUCGACUAGAAUCGAUCAACUACCAGAGGAGCUACUCUUUGGUAUUUUCCAAUAUUUGGAUCUCAUGUCACUGGCUCGAGUAGCGCGUGUGUGCACUAGGUUUCAACAAACAGCGCAGGACUCGUGCUUAUACUUCGAGAUUAACUUGCGGCCGUACUGGAUGAUGACAUCGCCGCAAUUGUACAACUGGGUUUCGAAACGAGCCAAGCUUUGUCGCAAACUGAACGUGUCCUGGAAUACGGACUCGGACAGGCAGCUGGCGAUGGAGUUACUGUCGCUAUUGAGGGCGUGCUGUAACACAUUAACUCAUUUACGAAUGAGUUACAACGCAGCAGUGACUGAAGAUCUUUUGCAGGUAGUUUUUCAAAACUGCCCCAAACUCCAGGAGCUCAGCAUAGACGGUCGUUGUUCGGAAGAUCGUUAUCCCUUUGUGAUUGGACCAGGAGUGCUCACAAAUCUUGUGCGUUUAAAUUUGGCCGACAGCGGCUGGCUUGAUACAUCUAUGUUGCUUCAAAUUGUCUCCCAAAGCCCGAAUUUGAAGCAUUUGAAUAUCAAUUUUUGUAACAGCUUGGCAUUGCCGGAGCUGUUCGAGCUGCUCGGAAACAAUAACCACCAGUUAAUCAGCUUGAAUGCAGUAAAAGCUGGAACUUUAACAAGCGAAGCGCUUUGCUGUUUAGCAGGCUGCACACAGUUGCAGGAGCUAGACGUAGGAUGGACGUUUCAGGAACUGAAUUGGCAAACUGAACAUUUGCGAACCCUACUAAUCGCCUGUCCAAUGAUUAAAAAAUUGUUCAUGUCUGCCGCGAGGGAUCUGCAAGAUAAUGAUCUUUUCUCAAUAGCGGGAGCAUGUUCGAUGUUGGAACAGCUAUCGUUGGUGGGAUGUAAUAAUAUCAGCGCAAGAGGAAUUCAGCAGGUCCUCGAGCACUGUAAGAAUCUGAAGCUGUUGGAUAUUAGCCACUGCGAAGGCAUUGAACAUGAAAGUGUGUUGGCAUGGCAGAAUACUUAUGGAACAGAGAUCAAACGUAUCCAACCAACUCAUAAUAUUGACGGGUGAACCACCAUUAUAAUUCUUUGAUAUACACAAUAUUUUUCUUCUGUUUUAUACGCAAAUGUCCCACAAAGGGGGUGAUAUAUAUUUGGCCGUUAAACGAGAAGACCGAAUUUAAACCAAAUGAAUUAAAAGUAGAAUAUCGUUAUAUUCAUAGGAUAUGUUUAUCCAAGUAACCGCCAUAUUGCCACCCUUAUUGGGUGCAUAUAAACCCCCUUAUUAUAUUAAUCAGAAGUUGUACUCCAUCGCUUCGAUAUAGCCUUACAGCAAAAGUUUGUGAUGGACCAGGAGUGCUCACAAAUCUUGUGCGUUUAAAUUUGACCGACAACGGCUGGCUUGAUACAUCUAUGUUGCUUCAAAUUGUCUCCCAAAGCCCGAAUUUGAAGCAUUUAAAUAUCAAUUUUUGUAACAGCUUGGCAUUGCCGGAGCUGUUCGAGCUGCUCGGAAACAAUAACCACCAGUUAAUCAGCUUGAAUGCAGUAAAAGCUGGAACUUUAACAAGCGAAGCGCUUUGCUGUUUAGCAGGCUGCACACAGUUGCAGGAGCUAGACGUAGGAUGGACGUUUCAGGAACUGAAUUGGCAAACUGAACAUUUGCGAACCCUACUAAUCGCCUGUCCAAUGAUUAAAAAAUUCUUGAUGUCUGCCGCGAGGGAUCUGCAAGAUAAUCCGAUCUUUUCUCAAUAGCGGGAGCAUGUUCGAUGUUGGAACAGCUAUCGUUGGUGGGAUGUAAUAAUAUCAGCGCAAGAGGAAUUCAGCAGGUCUUCGAGCACUGUAAGAAUCUGAAGCUGUUGGAUAUUAGCCACUGCGAAGGCAUUGAACAUGAAAGUGUGUUGGCAUGGCAGAAUACUUAUGGAACAGAGAUCAAACGUAUCCAACCAACUCAUAAUAUUGACGGGUGAACCACCAUUAUAAUUCUUUGAUAUACACAAUAUUUUUCUUCUGUUUUAUACGCAAAUGUCUCACAAAGGGGGUGAUAUAUAUUUGGCCGUGAAACGAGAAGACCGAAUUUAAACCAAAUGAAUUAAAAGUAGAAUAUCGUUAUAUUCAUAGGAUAUGUUUAUCCUAGUAACCGCCAUAUUGCUACCCUUAUUGGGAGCAUAUAAACCCUCUUAUUAUAUUAAUCAGAAGUUGUACUCCAUCGCUUCGAUAUAGCCUUACAGCAAAAGUUUGUGAUGAUGAUAUGAAUUGUUGAAUGAAAAUGAAAAAUGAAGAUAUGAAUUGUUUUUUACAAUAAAAAAUGUGAUAAAAACCU